CAUUACAUAAUAAAGUCUGUUUUCUGCCACUGCCACCCUCAUCUUCUUUGCUUUUCCGACCGCCGCCGUUCAUCAUCGUUAAUGCCGAGGAAAAGACCCGUCUGCACUGCGAAGAAACGGACACAAUGAGAAAUCCUGUAAGAGAGAUGAUUUGGUGCUCUCAUUGUGGAAAAAAUUGUGACACAGUUCAUGAUUACACCAGCAACACGACAUCGUGUAUUGAUUGUGGAAAAAUUUUAUUUGAAGGUGCUUAUUUGGAGUCACAUCGGAAAGGGAAUAUCGCAACUAAAGAGCUAAUUCACAAGAAUAGGAUCAAUGAAGUUUCACAUGAUACAAGAUUUCAUAAGGGAAGAGAGAUGAUUUGGUGCUCUCAUUGUGCAAGGAAAGGUGGGACAUCUCAUGAGAAGACUACCGGCACCAUACAUUGUGUUGAUUGUGGGAGAGUAUUAUUUGAAGAUACAUAUAAUCAGAAAGAUACUUUCUUAAGAGAUGUGGCAAGAAGGAAUGAUAACAGAAAGCUGGAUUUGUUUACUAGACGCCUCAAGCCUGUCCAAACUGCUGCAGGUGCAGGUCAGUUGUUUACAAAGAAGAAAGAUAAGAGGAAGUUAGCAGUGGAUGCAAAAAGCCCAAUGUCUGUUAGCACUAGUCAAUUGCCAAUGAAGAAGAAAUUAAGUUCAAAAGUUAAUUAUGACAUGCAGGACUCACUCUUUGGUGAUCAGCAAAUUCCAACAAAAUUUCACUAUGUUAAUGGUAAAGAACAUGAAAAGGAAGAGUCCAUUACGGUCUUCAAGGAAGAUUACGAACAAGAGUCUUGCAGCUAUAGUGACAAUUAUAAUUAUGAUUAUGACGGUGGUGAUGAAUAUGAUGUUUAUGUAUCAUGAGGAAAUCGAGCUGAACAGUGAGGUGAGGUAAAAUGUCAACCUUUCGGCAAUUUGUAUACUCUCUUGUUUUUCUUUGCUCAAUGCAAAUGUAAAAUUACUAGAAAAUUUUGAAAUUACUUUUAAGGAUUUUGGUC